CUAGGAACGAGAAAGCGAAAAUGCUAUAUUAUUUAAUAAAAUUCUUAAAGCUCUGCUGUAGCGAACCAUUUCAGCUGGCAGCCCACUAUGCGAGACUAAAGCGGGAAUGGGCGAACGAUCGCAUCGGCAAGUCCGUAAAUCAGGCGGCGUUCAUAUCCUAUCAGUAUUUCAGAAAUUGUUUUGUCCUGCAUCAGACGCCCGUUAGCAAAUGUGAGGAUACCAGUUGCAUUUGGAGGCAGCUGGAACACAUCAUUGAGCACAUGGACCGAGCGCAAUAUUCAAUCGAUAUAGCCAUAUACGUGAUGGAUUCCUAUGCCAUUGGCGAUGCACUGCGUCGCGCCAGUCAGCGUGGAGUACGAGUGCGUCUGAUCUGCUACAAAAGCUAUCAGAUGCUGCAAAACAAGUACGGCGAUUGCAUAUGGCUGCGCAGGCUAUCUCCACUGUCAAGACAGCCGCGUGAAAUGACCAUGCAUCACAAGUUCUGUGUCAUCGAUGGCUACAUGGCCAAGCGAGCACAGAAGUCACCGGCCUUGACCGUGUGCAUGACUGGCUCCAUGAACUGGAUAUCGCUGCCCAGAAGCUGUGACGACUUCCUCAUAACCAGUUCGCCACGAAUUGCCAAGCGACUGGAGCAGGAAUUCGAGCGCAUCUGGUCGCUAUGCAAAGCACGAGAGAACGCACCACAUGUAAAACAUUUACAAUAA